CUUCCCGAUUCAAAUCCGGUAGUAAUAAAGUAAAAUCAAAUCAUGUUUGUUGUUGUUUGGACACACAACAGAGAGAAAAAGAAAAAGAGAGAGAGAGAGAGAGAGAAGGGUCAAACAGUUUCUUCCAUCGAUUUUUCCCUCCACAAAUCCACAUUCUCUUCACUUUUUUCACUUUCACCUCCAAAAAAUAAAACCAUGGACGGUGGUACUCCUUACAAUCCUCGUACUGUCGAAGAAGUAUUCCGGGAUUUCAAGGGUCGCAGAGUUGCUUUAAUUAAAGCCCUCACUACCGAUGUGGGAGAGUUCUAUCAGCAGUGUGAUCCCGAGAAGGAAAAUCUUUGCCUUUAUGGAUUUCCUAGUGAGCAGUGGGAGGUGAAUCUGCCAGCUGAGGAAGUGCCUCCUGAGCUUCCAGAGCCAGCAUUGGGUAUUAACUUUGCUAGAGAUGGGAUGCAAGAAAAGGAUUGGCUGUCUUUGGUUGCUGUGCACAGUGACGCUUGGUUGCUUUCUGUGUCAUUUUAUUUUGGUGCUAGGUUUGGAUUUGACAAGGCUGACAGGAAGCGCCUAUUUAAUAUGAUAAAUGAUCUUCCAACAAUAUUUGAAGUUGUUACAGGGUUGGCCAAGAAUCAAGGAAAGGAAAAGAUGUCAGUUUCUAAUAAUAGCAGCAACAAGUCCAAAUCAAACUCUAAGCGUGGUUCUGAAUCUCAGGAAAAAAAUUUAAAACCAAUGCAAAUGCAAUCAAUGGACAAUGAUGAGGAUGGUCUAGGUGUGGACGAGGAAGAUGAAGAAGAGCAUGGAGAAACAUUGUGUGGGGCAUGCGGAGAGAGCUAUGCAGCUGAUGAAUUCUGGAUUUGCUGUGACAUCUGUGAGAAGUGGUUUCACGGAAAAUGCGUGAAGAUAACACCGGCAAGGGCUGAACAUAUCAAACAAUACAAAUGUCCAUCUUGCAGCAACAAGAGAGCUCGCCCUUGACUGUGGAUAUAGGAAUGUAGGGUUGUGACUAUAAUCUUGACAAUUUUAUUAUGACUACUAAUUUGUUUAGUUGGUCAGGCUCAUCAGUCUUGCCGUAAAUUUAAGGUAUGUUAUAUUAGGUGUAUGAGCCACCGUGAUAUUGUCCAGAAUUAGGAUAUUUAUGUCAUAGAAAGACUUCGAUAUUGUUCUGUUAUGUGUUUUCCUUAAGUUUUAAUGUUGUAUGUAACUAACUGUACUCGCUGUUUAUAUUUUAGUAAUUUUCAUAUUAUUCCCUUUA